AUAGGUAUCAGUGUCAGCAAGUUAGUACUUUUAACAAGUUUUGCAGACUCUAGCUAACACAUUCAAAUGUCAAAUUAUGUAUUUAUAACCUGAUUUAGAUCAUAAGAAGUGACUGCAGUCUUUCCUCCCAAAGGAAGGCCAGGAAGUUGGUCAAGGACACCUGACCAUUUUUUCUUCGCUAUGGCUUUUUUCAGUGUGCCAAAACUUCUGGAUUUUAAGAAUUCACCAACACAUCUUCAGUUUAAUAAGUAUGUUCUAACAGGAUACCGGCCGAUUUCCACCUACAGAGAUUGUCUGCUGAGUUUAUUCUAUCUGCACAAUGAAUUUGGGAACAUCUAUACACACGGCAUCCCAUUCUUCUGUUUUCUACUGUUUCUGCCUCUCAGUAUCCCCUGGGCGGAGGUGGAUGAGUGGUGGAUCGGUGUGGUUCAUUAUCUGGCUUGUCUUUCUCCAACCGUUUGUUCUGUCUUCUAUCAUCUCUUCAUGAACCAUGAGGGUGGAGCACCUAUAUAUGACACGCUGCUGUGCUUCGACAUGAUUGGCGUCUGUCUUGUCAACACUCUUGGUGCUUUGCCCAUCAUUCACAUCACUCUUCUAUGCUACCCCUUAUCCCGGCGUGCAGUGAUGUUAGCAUAUCUCCUCCUCUCUGGCUAUGGUGUUUACUGCGCGGUCACAGCACGGAGUAAUGUACACCGACUGCGAUCUUUCGCCUGGCAGGCGCUCUUCCGCUUCAUUCUCUUCGUGCUGCGUCUAAUUGGUGCAGGGAGAGGAAGCCCUGCCUCCCUUCGCCUCUACCUUACCAUGGAUAGUCUGGCGUUGCUAGGAGGACUGGUCAAUAUUUCCCGCCUGCCUGAGCGUUUUAGUCCUGGGAGGUUUGACUACUGGUUUAACAGUCACCAGAUCAUGCAUAUCAUGGUUAUCCUCUCUAUACUGUACUUACACUGGGGCAUGCUAGAGGACUUAACCUGGUUAAAGGGAUAUCACUGCCCCAAUGAAUAAAGCCUUAGACUGAUUAGAUGUAAUGAUAUUCAAACUGUGGGUAAAUUCAUGUCGCAGAGCCUUUAAAAACAAGUAUUUUUGUGAUACCAUGGUACACUGAGGAUAUCAGAUGGUAAUACCAUGGUACUCUGAUAUGCACAUAUGCAUAUGUCUACAUGGGACUGUGAGGUGGUCAAAAGCACAAGCUGUGUCCUCAUAUCUAGUGAGCUGCCUAACAUGUCAGCAUCUGUGGGCACCAUAGGGUGGUACUUUAUGGUACAUUGAGAGUAUCCAAUGGUAAUACAGCCCUACUUUGAUAUCUUAUAUUGAAUGAUGGUUCCAUAUUCAUAUACCAUGGGGUUUACAUACUUAGUACCGUGGUAUUACAGUGGCACCAUGUCCAUAAAAUUAUGGUAAAGCCAAGGUACAGUACUUGUGAGAGCUCUGCCUAUAGUGCUGAAUUGUUAUUUCUUUAACAAGUAUUUUGCAGCAUAUUGUUUGAAAUGAAAUAAGAUAGAUUUGUGUUUUGAUUCAGGGAAGAGCCAAUACAAUGUCAAAUGAUGAUCUUUAAACACUUCUUUACCAUCAAAAACCCUGAUAAAAUUGUAUCCUGGAAUUUAUAACAUUACUGUUAUUGAACCUAAUGAUUUUUUUUUUCUUUGUUUCAAAGGUCCUACAUAUCUGAAAUGUGAAAUACAUAUGAAAUAUUUAUGUUAAUAUACAGAGAUAUAUGUGAAAUUGGUUAAAAUGGAAUGAUACUGUACAAAUACUUGAAUUAAACA